AUGGCGUCGCUCUACGUCGGCGACCUCCAUCCUGAGGUCACCGAGUCGAUGCUCUUUGAGAAGUUCAGCACGGCUGGACCUGUUCUCUCGAUCCGCGUCUGCCGCGACAACACCAGCCGUUUGUCGCUCGGCUACGCCUACGUCAACUUCCAGCAGCCGGCUGAUGGUUGGUAUUUUUGAAUUGAAGAAAACUUUGACUGAAAAGUAAAGAGCGUUCUAGAUCUGGUCUAAACUUUUUUGAAAGCUUUUAGCUUUCGAAAAGGCAAAGUGUUAUUGUGUUUUGAUAAAUAGCGAGUCGAACAUGUAAAAAAAGGUCAAAAAGUUUUAUCUACGGUUCAUUAUUUUCUAAAGCAACUUUUUGCGUGAUUCAUUUUCGAUGAGCCAUUUCUCAGUAUCCAAUGGCGCCUAGCAGACAGUUUUUUUUUUCGAGUAUUCAAACUUGCCACCCCUACAACAGAAACUGGGACCAGAUCCGCACUGCUCCCUUGUGAGCCUGAAAUUUUUGCAUUUCCACAAAAAAAUAACCGAAAUUAUCUUUUUCAAACAAACGUCAUCACUGAACUUCUCAUGCAACACUUUUUGUGAAACUUCCUACUUUUUUUUUCUGAUCAUAGAAAUCCUCUCAAUUUUUAAAAAGGAAAAGGUGUUGCCACCGAAAAAAACAAUCAAAAAUUUUUUUCAAAAAGGCUCCAGCUUUCAAAACUUUCUGUUUCUGAAUUUUUUUAAAAAAUUGUUUGAGAUCAAAAUGAGAAACUGUAAUUUUUAAAAAAACUAUGGCGAGGCUUUCUAGCCUCAAAACGAGGAUAAAAAAACAUUCGAUCCAUUUCAAACCAAACAACCUGAACAAAUAAAACGACUUUGCUGGUCAUGAAAUCGUUUUUUUGAUCUGAAAAAAAGAGGGACAUAGGGUAUAUAUAAUAAAGCAGGGAAGUUUUUUUCCAGUCAAAAAAAUAUAAAUUUUUUUAAAUUCAAGUUUGAGAUUCCAAAUUCAAAAACAUAAAUGGGAAAAAUUGAAAUUUCUUGAAACUUGAAAAAAAGCCACAAUAAUCAUUUUAAUUCUAACUUUUUCAGCUGAACGUGCUCUGGACACGAUGAACUUCGACAUCAUGCACGGCAAGCCGAUGCGGAUCAUGUGGUCGCAGCGCGAUCCCGCCGUCCGUCGCUCCGGAAACGGCAACAUCUUCAUCAAGAACUUGGACAAGGUCAUCGACAACAAGUCGAUCUACGACACGUUCUCGCUUUUCGGCGACAUCUUGUCUUGCAAGGUACGAUCUUUGAAAUUUUAAAUUAAAUUACUUCAUCUGCUUCAAGUUGAACUUUUGAAGAAACUUCGCUAAAGAGUACUGUAGGUCUUUCUGAUUCCAAAAAAAAACAUUCCUACUCUUUUUCUGAUUUUCGAAAUUUCAAAACUUUGCAAUUGAAUUUGCAAAACUAGCCAAAGCCAUUUUUGGUUAAAUUUCUAAAUUCAAUGAUUUGAUUACAGGUCGCCAUCGACGACGAAGGAAACAGCCGCGGCUACGGCUUCGUCCAUUUCGAAACCGAAGACGCUGCUCAAAACGCUAUCGAAAAAGUCAACGGGAUGCUGUUGGCUGGAAAGAAAGUGUAAGUUUCUCGAAUUUUUUAAAUACCACAAAAAAAAAUUAUGAAAUUCAUUGAAAUGUUUCCAGGUACGUCGGCAAGUUCCAGCCGCGUGCUCAGCGCCUCCGUGAGAUGGGCGAUACCGGAAAGAUGUUCACCAACGUCUUCGUCAAGAACUUUGGCCAGGAGCUCGACAAGGAGAAGCUGGAGGCGCUUUUCGGCGAAUUCGGCAAAAUCACCUCGUCGGCGGUGCCGGUGGACGGCGAAGGAAAGCAAAAAGGAUUUGGCUUCGUGGCCUUUGAGAAGCCCGAAGAUGCCGCCAAGGUGAAAUUCGAUUAUUUUGAGCAAAUUACUUAUAAUAAACAUUUCAGGCCGUCGAAGAGAUGAACGAAAAAUUGAUCGAAGGAACCGAAGUGAAGCUGGCGGUGUGCCCGGCCCAGAAGAAGAGCGAGCGCCAGGCUGAGCUCAAGCGGAAGUUUGAGGCUCAGAAGGCCGAACGCCUUCAGCGCUACCAGGGCGUCAACUUGUACGUCAAGAACUUGGACGACACUGUUGAUGACGACGGCCUUCGCAAGGUCUUCGAGAAGUUCGGAAACAUCACUUCUGCCAAGGUAAUAUUUUUUCGGAAUUUUAUGAAAUUUAAUCAACCAAACUAGUUGAUAAACUUGCAUCGGAGUCAACUUUUGAAUGAAAACGUUUUCAGCGAACUCGUUUUUGAACAAGCUUGAAGCUUCCAAAAUGUAUUACAUAAUAAAAAAAAGUUUUUUUUGAGGAUUUUUUUCGAGUAGUCUGCUUGAUUUUUUUCCACUGGUGAAUUCACCGUAUCUUUAAAAAAAUCAGCAGGAACAUUCCUGAUUGCAAUACUUUCAGGUGAUGACCGACGAGAACGGCCGGUCCAAGGGCUUCGGCUUCGUCUGCUUCGAAAAGCCUGAUGAAGCGACGAGCGCCGUGACGGAGAUGAACUCCAAGAUGGUCUGCACGAAGCCGCUCUACGUGGCUCUGGCGCAGCGCAAAGAAGACCGGCGAGCCCAACUCGCCUCGCAGUACAUGCAGAGGCUGGCAAGCCUCCGCAUGCACUCGCAGGCGGUUCCUGGACCUGCUGUCUUCACACCUGGCCAGGGAGGCUAUUACGUCUCCAACCCGCUGCAAGUGGUGAGAUUAGCGUUGAUUGUUUUCCCACUAAUCCGAGUUGUCAUUUGCAGGGCCCGCAGCGAGGAUUCCUGCCGGCUCAGGGCGUUGCGCCCAACAUCCGCAAUGGAAACAGGGCCUGGAACGUGCAGACCCAGUACGCUCAGAUGCCGUACCAAUUCAACCCGCGUGGUCAGGUCUACCAGGUGUGUAAAAAGGAAAAAUUUCAUUGCAAAAAAAGCAAAAAAAAAAAAUAUAUUGCCCUUGAAUGAAGUCAGUUAAAGAAAAAGUUUACAUAGGAAGAUAUGAUUCCAGUUUUAAAUUUUGUUUAUUUUUCGUUUGACUGGAUUUUCACCAAAAAAAUGAAAAAAAGGCCCAUUUUUAUGACUGUGUUCCAAAAGUUUUUGAAGAGAAGGUUUUUUUUAAUGAAGCAAAGUUUAGCUCGAAGCUUUUUUUUCUACUUCAAAACGAAAUUAUCCCCUCCAUUUGUUUUUUUUUCAACACUGAAAACUACAAUCCAAGCAUUAUUUACCAAGUUCUGCUCCUGGCUUUCAAUCAAUAGUGUGUUUUGCAGGGCAAUCGCCUGAUGCGAAACACCAACGACGCUGGCCGCCCGCAACAGUACGGCCAAUCGAUGGGGCAGAACCGCGUCGGCCAGCGCAUGCCGCCAGGAGUCGGUGCCGGUCCGGCGCAGCGGGUGGGUGACCUAGAUUAUGUGCUCACAGCGAGCAAGAGAAUGGAAAGAGGGGUCGAUUGGAGCACUUAUCAUGAGAAUCGCGCGUCAUACUGUAUAACUCAUUAGGAGGGAACUUGAGUACUGCCUAGUGUAUAGAAAAAAAUAUUUCGAAAAAUAGUUUCAAGUGUUUUUAAUGAUUUUAAAAAUCCGAAUUCAAACUUUUGGUCUCUGUUUCAUCUUCCCAAUGAAAGCUCAAGAACCUAAACUCUAAAAUGAUUGAGAAAGAAAACCUUUUUUCAAAAAUUUUGUUUCGGACUGGAAAACGAAAUUGAAACUUCAUGAUUUAUUCGAACAUUUCAUAAGGCUACCGAUCUUCCAAAACUUCUUCCUCUGCUGUAAAAAAAGGCAUAAAAACACACUUUUAUCAUUUCUUAUCACCGAGACCGCUGGUUAUCAAACCCGACGUGUAAUAAGAUGAUUCCAAUCUUAAAAAGUCGUUUGAUAACAACUCUCCUCUGAAAAGUUGUUGAGAUGAGUCACUAGAAAGAGAACACCUGGCGAGAGAGGAUAGACAAAAGAUCAAAGAAAAGGACGUCAGUCCCGGCUUAAAAGCGACAUCUGUCGUGGCCUUUGGAUUUUGUGCAAUGGGCAAGGGAUUAGGGUGGGGAGAGCUCUUUUUUGACGUGCCGAAGGUUUUUUGGAGCCUUUGAUUGGACCAAUCAAGAGAAGUUCUAAAACAAGUCGAAGUGAUUAAUAAAAAAAGUGCAAAAAAAUUUUUUAAAUUUCUUCAAAGUCUCUUCAAACUAGGUUCGAAAGACUUUGUUAGACUUGCAAAAAUUCCUUUAUAAGGCUCUCAAGAGCUUAUUUAUAAUUUUACCAAAAUCAAUUUUUCCAGGGCGGACGUCCCCAAGUGAUGGGCAAGCCUGGCGCCAUCUACCAGUUCGGAGGAGUCCCGCAGACUCAGCAGCGUCCCGCUCAGAGCGGAAUCGUCAUCAGCGGACAGGAGCCGCUCACCUCGCACAUGUUGGCUCAGGCCGCUCCUCAGGUAAGAAUGAAAUAAAAUUGAAAGCCUACCCAAAAAAAAAAUCUUUUGAUAAAACUUGAUUUUUUUAAUCUUCAAUUUUCAGGAGCAAAAGCAGCUUUUUGGGAGAGCGUAUCUACGCUCUUAUCGACAAGAUGUACCCCGCUCACAAGGAAGCCGGAAAGAUCACCGGCAUGAUGCUCGAAAUCGACAACUCCGAGCUGAUCAUGAUGCUCCAGGACAACGAGCUGUUCCGCCAGAAGGUCAGAUACCACUUUUUUCCCGACUUUACACUAACCUUUGUUAUUUUCCAGGUCGACGAAGCCGCCUCUGUGCUCGAGUCCGCCAACCAGGGCGUCUAA